AUGAAGGAGCUUGACAAAUUGGAUAAGCGAAUAAGGCCUUAUUUGCAGAAAAUUGGAUAUCAUAAAUGGUCAAGAUUCUACUCCAAAAACAAAAGGUACUCGGUAAUGACUUCCAAUAUUGCUGAGUCACUUAAUGUAGCCACUGUGGCAACUAGAGAACUACCUGUCACAACACUUUUGGAGUGUUUGAGUGGAUUACUCCAAGAUUGGACAUACACUAUUAGGAAACUAGCUCAAAAAAAAAUGACAAGAUUGACACCAGUUGCAGAACAAGCACUCACCAACAACUUCGUAUACUCCUUGAGAUUAACUAUAAAGCCAGCAAAUGAAUAUUUGUUUGAGGUAUUUAAAGAAGAUAAGUCAUGGAUUGUAAAUCUUAAAGAACGAAUUUGCACUUGCAAUAGAUUUUAA